AUGACGUAUAACUGCAAACAAGGAGAACGGAAACUACUGUGUCAGGAACGACAAAAUGACCUCUGUCGCUUCUGGAGACGAAGACGACCACGACCGAGCCGACCGCAAAGCGAACGGCGCUGGGAAAUCUUGUGGCCGAAAUUUUGCAAGGAGAAAAAGUACAGGACAUUAAAGAGCGAUACUGAAGAGCAGGAACGAUUGAACGCCAUCGCUGCUGGCCGAGCGAACAACAAACCGAAAUCGUAA